GAAAAUAUGACCUCUUGCUCUGCCUUCUUUCUGCUUAGAGAUGAUGGGAGAAGCAAGGUGGGGGAGUGGAGAUGAAGCACUGGACAGAAACACUGGACAAAGGGAGGCAGUCAGCAGCACAGGAUCUCUGGUGGGCAGGUCUAUGUGGGAUUAGAGUUGGCAAGGGAGUCACUAAGUGUAGCUGCCACCACCCCCUGCACCGUGCCCCUAGUACUGACGCUGGCAGCCAUGUUGUGGAAGGUGCUCCUGUUUGUGGGGCUUGUGGUGCUGGGAGCCCACUUCUGCAGUAACAGAUUUGUAGACAUUGACAAGACCAAAGAGUAUUUUGCUCUUUCUUUGGAGUAUGCUAUAUUUUGGUUUAAUGAAGCCCUGGAAGAUAAGUUUGCCUACAAAUUUCUGCGGGUCCGAAGAAGCCAGCGUGAGCUAUUUAAUUGGACAUAUUUAAUAGAUGUGGAGAUGGGUCGUACGAUUUGCAAAAAACAUGAUGAAGACAUUGACAAUUGCCCGUUACAAAAAGGCGCAGGAGAGAAAAAGGUGCGCUGUACUUUUAUUGUAUUUUCCCUAGCAUGGAUGACCAAGUUCAACAUCCUGAACAGCACCUGUUUGCAGACAUAGACAGGGAAGGGAUCCUUGGCUAUCCACAGCAGAAGUCCUCUCUUUCUCUGGAGUUUCUACCCUGCAAAUGUGCCAUGUGCCGUUUCACCAACACUUAAUAAAGACAG